ACGUUUAAUGUUGUAACGAAUUUUGGAGGGAAACCAGAUAUUUUUUAAUCCGCAUAAAAUUGUAUUUAUUUUAUAUAAUAUAUUAUAAGCAAUGUCUCAAACAACACUUACGGCAUUUUUUAAUAGUAGGAAGAGACCAGCUACAGAUGAUAUCGUGAGUUCUAAAAACAAAAUCGCUCACAUUGAUCGUACAAUAGAAUGUGCUACAAAAUCUAAGAAAAAUCUCUUGUCGAAGAACAUUGAACAAAGUUCAGUAAAAGAUAAAUUCAACACGGAAUUAAAGCAUCCGAAUGCAGUGCCUAAUACAACUAAUUUAGAUUUAAAAAAGAUUGAAAUUAUAUCUCAAGCAGCCGAAAAAACUAACUUAACGGAGAAACCAAAGAAUGUAGAGGCUUUUUCAAAAAAAGUAAACGCCGCAAAUAUUGUUAAAAACAAUGAUCCCUCCAAAAUUGAAACCGUCAAUUUGGCUAGAAAAGAGCUAAGCCUAGGGGACAUCAAAAAGAAACUAAGUGGCAGUAGUAGACUAGCUGAACUAAGAGCAAGGGCGGAUCGCCUUAGUAAAGGUAUUCAACAACUCAAAGAUACAACUGUAAAGAAAAACCUAAAAGAAUUCAAAUCAAUUGAUGUGGAUGUUCCCCAGAGUCCAAGCAAGAAAUCAACCAUUCGCAAUGAGUUGAUGUCACCAAAGAAGGAAACAACUACAGAAGUUUCUCAGCAAAGGCCUUUUCUAUCUCCUAGAAAAGUUGUUGUCAGCCCUAUCAAGAGCCCCAGCAAGGUACCAGCAUACAUAAGACAUGCAUCUCUGGCAUCUUCUACACCCAGUUUAAAUCUGCCUCACCACUACAGAUUCUUAGCAGAGUUAUUCCGUAGUAUGGAAACAGCUGUCACACUUCUUUAUAAUAGGAAGGAAAAGAUAACUUUUAGCAAACUUAAGCCAUCAGUACAAGAAAUGCUUAAAAGAACUUUUACAGAGAAACAUUUGGCUCAAAUAAAGCAUUUAGUCCCAGAUUUCUACAAUUUUGAAGUCCAGAAAGUGAAAAAUUUCAGUACAUCAUCUCACCGAGACACAUUUGAAUUGAUAAUUUCUCCUAACUUCCCAAAUGACAUCAAAAUGAUUAACCCUCUGGUUCAACUUGAAAGACGAAGGUAUUUCUAUGAUACACUCUUACAAGUCGUUAAAAAGCACCAUGCUCAAUUUUUGGCAUCACUUGACCCGCCUAUUGAUAUACCAGAUAACAAAUUAAUACGUUGGCAUCCUGAGUUUGAGCUGGAAAAGAUUCCAGAAAUAGAAUGUGCCAAGUUACCUGAAAUGCCAAAUACUGAGAAAUAUUCUUCAGCUCAAGAUGUUCUUGCUAAAGCAAGGGAAUUGUUUAAAUGUAACACAAAAAUGGAAAGGGCAUUAGAGAAACUUGCACAGGCCAAAGCUAGAGGCUUAACUGAACAAGAGAAAGCUGUAACAGGUAUAAAUGAUACACCAAUAAUAAAAAAUGUUUCAACACAGGCAAGUCAGCCAUCUACAAGUGGAGUACAAAUCCUAAAUCCUGCGUUGCGCAAUUUGCCAACAGCUUUAUUGGACAAAGUAAAGGCCAAACAAGCUGCUAAAGCCCUUGAAGCUAUGACAAGAUCUUCAGAAUUUGAGCAAAACUAUCUAACUUACAGUAAACUUCCUGAUCUUGCAAGGACUUUAAGAAAUAUUUUUGUUACGGAAAGGAAAAAUGUACUAGCUCUGAAUGUGGUACUGUCUAAACUGGACAGCAGUUUCAAAUCUAAUGUCUCUGCUAGUGAUUUACAUAAAGACAUUAAACUGAUAACAGAAGAGGUUCCAGAGUGGAUUAAAUUACAUGAAAUGAGAAACACAACUUUUUUAAAACUGGACAAAAAUACAGAUUUAAAAGUAAUUACUUCAAAAUUAGAAAAUGCUGCUGCCAAAUAUAAAAAUAAUUAGAGUUAAUAUUGAUAAAUGACUGAAUAUUUUUUAAUACCAUAUACAUUUAAUUAUGAGUAAGAAUACAAAAUGUAUUUAUAAUUAGUUUAUGUCAUUAUGUGUGGUAACUUAAUAUAUUGUUAGCAGUAAUAAUAUUUAAUAAUUAGGAAUAUGACAUGAAAUUUAUUAUCUUAGUUUUCUUUUUUGACAUCUAUGUAAUUAUAAGACAAACAUUUUUGUAUUCAAAUGGUGAUGAUGAAAGCAAUUGUAUGUUUCUUUUGACAUUAUGCAUUUUGUUGACAUCUCGUUUUCUUAU